CUACCCUCCACCGCGAUACACGGCGGACAAUUGUUGCUUCUGCGCCCACAGGUGGUACAUCUUCAUCUUCGAUCUUCGUAGACGUUCGCCCGCUCGGUGUGUGCCUCGCGUCCCCUCGCGUCGAACGCGACUAAAUGGACGGGCCGGCUCGAUCGGUCAACCGCGCGUCGUGCACGUAAUCGCGCUAUCCUCGUCCAUGUCGCGCUCCUCUCUCUCUCUCUCUCUCUCUCUCUUCCUCGCAGAGUCUCUUGGUGCGUUGCUCUUCUAUAGUUUCAUUUAUAUAUAUAUACAUGUAUAAUGCGAGCCUCGUUGCUUCGUCGGCUCGUAUCGAACCACCGAAGCCCCGAGUAGUAAGCGAGGCUAGCCUACCAUCUCGAGGAGCUUGAAUUAUUUCUACGUUGUAUGUAUAUAUAUAUAUAUAGAGAAAGUGGCGGAGGAGAGACGAGGAACGAACGAGUACGUGGCUGUGCGAUGGAGGCACGCUAGACUCAGCCGCACGAGGGCAGAGUUGUAGCUCGUAGCGGCACGCACGCGGCUUUCAUUCGUCGACGACCGGUGGAAAGGAAAAAAACGGAAGAGGAAGGAAGAAAGGAAAGAAGGAAGGAAGAAAGGAAGAAAGGAAGGAAGGAAGAUCUAUAAGAGAGUUUGAGAGAGAGAAAUAUAUAUAUAUAUAUAUACGCAAGAGGAGGUGGGAGAGCGAGGAAGAGAGGAAAGGGAGAGGGGACCACUUACCAGGGGGAGUUAUCGACUACACACGUAAGGCGACAGCGCACACGUACGGAUACACAAACAUCGCGGACCUGUUGUCCAACUUGUUGCUCGUCCCUGCAAAAGGCACACCUCGCCUGCCUUCGCGACGCACAAGUCGCUCUCGGAAAAAAAAGGCAGAAAGAAAUCAACCUCGAUGAAUUUCGAUCCCUCGACUAUGGAUUGAAAGGAAAUGCUUCGCUCUACUAAUAAUCCGUCUUGAGGAAAGAUCGUUCAAGAUAGGAUUUUUCUUUCGAUUUUCCGCGCAUAAAUUCUCCUCGAAAUCGGCGAGAUGAGGGUAUUGUCGCGAGAAUGGACACGCCCGACCUACGCGAUAUUGCGCCAAAGUGUUGCCGGCACGAUGGAACGGUGCUCGGAUCAGCCGGGCGAGUAAGACUUCUCGGAGAACGAAACGAGCGAGAGAGAGAGAGAGAGAGAGAGGACAAACUAAUAUGAACGUCUUUUUAUCAUUGAGAAAGGAUCGAUAGAGAAUUUCAUUUGUCAAGUCAUGAGGCGCGUAGAAGCCGGAAGACUCGUCCAACGAGGGAGAGCCGGGAGGCAACGGGAAACAGGGCAGAGGUAGACUAGGAGAACAGAGGGACGGGGAGGGGAAAAGAAACAUAUAAUCUUCCACCCGCGAAUACAACGAAAGCAAUACUACAAACAAGGUAAAAGCGAGCAAAGAGGAUCUAAAGAGAAACGAGAGAAAUUUAAAAAGGAGAAGAAGCAAAGAAAAUCAUUCCUUUCUCCGCGUACAUACAAAAUACUCGAGUAAAACCAUCAUCGAAACGAUCUCGACUCACGCACCGCGCGCUUCUCUGGCCCGAGUGUCUCCAGCGCUAGCUUGCGGGUAUAGGAAGUAUUCCGGCCGGGCCUCGAGUUGCGUCGACUCGUUUCGCCGAGGGGAUAUUUUAAUAUAAAAAUUUUAGAUAUAAAUCUGUACGCGUACUUGUGCGCGCACCGUGUCUAUCUAUACAUAGACAUAUACAUAUAUAUAUAUAUACGAUAAAGAUAAGUGUGUACAUAUACACGUAGUUCCCUUUGAAAUCGUGCAACGACAUCUAGAGUUAAAGUACCUAUAUACACACGUAUAUACGUAUAUAUAUAUAUAGACACAUAUACACGCAACUUCCGAUCGGCGAUCGGAAUCGACGUUUCCGAUAGCCCGCCACACGGAAGUUAACCCAUUCGGACCAAUCGAUAUCGAUACAACAGUUGCUAAUUCUCUCGAGGGAGAGAGAGAGAGGCACGCAACUGCGUUUGGAACGCUGUGCUUCGAUCAAAGGACUACGAAACGAGGAGAGAAAGUUUGGAAGAGAGGAUGAGGAGUGAGUGAGGUGAUCGAUCGGUGAAUCGAUCGUGAUCCUCCGCCAUCAGAGACCACCAGGACGAUACUCUUCGCGCGUGUCCUCGAUCGAUGUAAUUAUUGGAUGAGAAUCGUUGAAAGAGGAAGAGAGAGAGAGAGAAAGUCGAAUUUCAUCAUGCUUUGAAUACUUGAAGAGACAAUAAAUAAAUCAGAAGAUCGUACGUGGAUCGGAGAAUUAUCUUCAAAACUCUGUGAAAAAACGUUUUUAUAAUUAGAUUUGAUAGGACUCGAAAGAAGCCAAGAUGCCGCGUUGUUACAUGGUGAAGAAAGCUCUGUGCAACAAGUACAUAAGCAACGUUGCCAGAGGAUUCGAGAGCUGGGGUCGCGGAAGGAGCACGCCAUCACCGACCACCAUGCAGAUCCCGGUCUCGCCCAUAGAAGGGAGCGUCGCACCCCCUGUUGCUCAAGAAUAUCUGAGCACGCAGUCUCAAGACACGACGACAGGAACGAAGAUGCUUGAGCAGGACGUCUCCAAGGGGAAGGCGGACGAGCCCAGCAAUGUGGACAUGACGAUCGCGACAAGCAAUACGGGCGCGCCAGAACCUCCAAUUACUGGUCGAACGGAGGCAACAUCUCCAACGGUGAUUACCUGCGCCACUACAGGCUCAUCCUCCACGAUAGCGGCGUCACAAACAGAAUCGAUCGCCUUGGGUGUCGAGAACACAACGAUCGCCACGUCCACGUUGCCUUUCACAGCUCCCAGAUCACCGUCCAGAACAGCUCAUACAAACUAUCAACAGCACACGAACAUGCCCCAUCACUCACCUCCCGGGGAACCUUCCCCUCCUUCGAGCACCGCUACACCGUAUCACACCGUCGAGGAGACAACGGAUCAUUCUGCAUCUGAAUCGAGGAUAGGGUCCAAUAACGGCAAUGUGAUCACCAAUUACGUGUCUUCGAUGUUCAAGGAUCGUUCCGCGGCCGAAACAGAAGCUGCUCACGAUUUGUUGGAGCUGUCGAGGUCGCUCCCGCCAUUACCGCCACCUAGUGUCGCGAUCGGGCCCCAGAGCGUGAUAGAAUCGCCUGCCACGGACAUACAAGAAAUGACAGUGUACCAACCUGAUCAACCAAUCUACCAGGUGAAUACCAUCGAUCUGGCGAAUUCGACAGUCUACACGCACCACCACCAUCAACAACAACAAACGCCCACAGCGAGCAUUAUUUACGAGCCGAGCGCGACGAUAGUUCAACAAACGGGCAGCGUAUUCAUACCUCUGUCUCCUGUACAAGAGAUUCUGCUCACUUAUAGCACACCGUCCAUUCCGUGCGCACCGAUCGUCGCAACUCAACAACCGCCCCAGCAGCUGGCGCAGCAAUCUCACCAAACUAUAGAGGCGGCGCCACCGUUGACGCCACCUACCUCCGAAUGCAGCAGCGAUAUCGAGAAUAACAAUCCCAACUCGCAACCGAGUCAGAAAGAUAAGGAGGUGCAGACCGUGACCGAGCAAACGGAGGUGAAACCGGCCAGUUACACUUACGACACUUUACUGGUGGCCGAUGGAAGAUCGAAGAACAAGAAGAUCGUGCCUGCACAGAAGACGCAGGAGACAGAACCAGUCGAGACGCCCGAGACGUCGAAAAUUGGACGAUACGUCUGUUGCGAGUGCGGUAAACAAUACGCGACCUCGUCUAACCUGUCGCGACACAAACAAACCCAUCGUAGCAUCGACUCGCAAUCGGCGAAGAAAUGUAUCCACUGCGGCAAGGCGUACGUCAGCAUGCCGGCGUUGGCGAUGCACGUGCUCACCCACAAGUUGACGCACAGUUGCGGCGUGUGCGGUAAGAUGUUCUCCAGGCCGUGGUUGCUGCAAGGCCACCUGAGAAGUCACACGGGCGAGAAGCCUUACGGGUGCGCGCACUGCGGCAAAGCGUUCGCCGAUCGCUCGAAUCUCCGCGCCCACAUGCAGACCCAUUCCGCGGACAAGAACUACGAAUGUCACAAGUGCCACAAAUCGUUCGCGCUCAAGUCUUACUUGAAUAAACACUUGGAGUCCGCCUGCCAGAGGGAGAACGAUGAGCCCAACAACGACCUAGAUGCGCCACAGUAGAUUCGUUCGAUUCGUUGGGGAAUAGUUGGCGCUCGUGUCGCUGGUUAUGAUCAAUUAACGACACGUCAAGAGCGAAAAAGAUCAAAGAAGCAAUUUUUCCAAGGUGCAAACUCGUCGGUAGGUCGAUAUCGAAUCCGUCUGGAAAUAGAUCUAUAACGAUGACGAAUUCAUUGUUUCUCCCUUCCUUUCGUAAACUUAUAAAAAAAAAUUCAUACGAAAUUAGCGAAAGGAAGAGAUGAUCCAUGAAAUGUAUAAAAACAACGGAAAUACUCUCGUCUUAGAGAUUGACAAGUGAUCCUUCAUCGUUGAACACCAACAACGCAUCGUAUUCUCAUUCUGGGUAAGCAAAC